AUUCGCACUAAAUAUCUUCGCUUUAGGUCAAUGUUGCCUACUCCGAUUUUAAAGGAUUUGGAUUACGAUAACGUAUACGAGCCAUCAGAAGACUCUUUCCUCCUUCUAGACUGCUUCGAAGAUGAAAACACAUUUUUGUCCCAGAAAUUCGGAAUUGGAAGUCCAAUUAUCACCGAAAUAGGAACUGGCUCAGGCAUCGUCACCAGCUUUUUGAUGAAAAAUAUAUUACCCAAUGGUUUUUACGUGGCCACCGAUGUCAACCCUCACGCAUGUGUUUCCAGUAUCAAUACUAUUCGGUUGAACAACCCUGACUCUGCCAAAAUUGACGUGUGUCAAAUGAGUUUAACCACAGCUAUACUUCCACAUACCAUAGAUAUAUUGAUAUUUAAUCCUCCUUACGUGCCGGCAGAAGAGGUUCCUGAAAUUCCUCAACAAUACAGGGAUAGUAGGUGGCUAGACUUGGCGUUAUUAGGAGGUUCUGAUGGAAUGGAAGUCACAUGGCAGCUACUAGAUCUGUUAGAUAGUAUCAUUAGCGAGACCGGUUUGGCGUAUAUUCUAUUUUGUGCACGAAACAAGCCAGAUUUGGUGAAAUUAGAGAUGGAGAAACGAAUGUGGGUGGUGGAUAAGAUCAUAGAGAGGAAGGCUGGUUGGGAGGUGUUGAGCGUAUUACGAUUUAUGAAGAGGAAAAACUAGAUAAUAGAAUACUCCAUUUU